AUGUCAAUAAAGGAUGCCAUUCACGAAGAGGGCUGGUAUUUUGCACAGGAUUUUGAAUUUAUUGAAUCUGAAACCGUCAUCCAUGCUGUGUUUUCGAGCUUUGUCAACGGCACCAUCUCCCAGGACGCCAACUGCCAUAAUGGUGCUGAUGGUGGCCCUGGUGUUAGCUGCGCUAUCGAUUUACCCGGCAACUACUCAAACAUGUAUCACCUCCGAGUUCAAAAUACACGAGGCACAACUUGGAAUGGCACGUUAAUUAACACAGUCACUGGCAUCGAGACACAUAUCGGGUCGUAUACACUGCCAACAGGCUCGCUCGGUAUUCAGGGGACACAGCUUGGGUUUGUUAAGUGGUGGCCUUUCAAUAAUGGGUUGCCGGCGACCUGUGAGUCUCUCAGUCAAACUUUAGUGGUUUUUGGGGUACCCACAACUUCAACAGAUGGUGUCGGGCCUGGAGAAUUGGAGAAUGCAUAUGAGGUGUAUGAUUGUGCCGGCAAGCAAGACUUUAAGUCCCAGAGGCUGUCAGAUGGCGUUGAGGUCAAAGUUGGUUUCAAAAAAAGCCCGCCUUUAUCCAAAAAAUAUUCACCGUACCCUGGACCGUAUCCAAUGUGA